AUGUCCAACAUCCUCCUCUUUGGUGCUGGUAGUAUUGGUGCUGUUCAUCUUUAUCAGUUUCAACAAGCUGGAUGCAAGGUGACGGCGGUUUGCCGUUCGAAUUAUGACGCCGUCAAAAAAAAUGGGUUCAAACUUUUCAGCCAAAAAUUUGGAAAUGUGGAAUUUCGACCAGACGCCCUAGUUCGAGACGCAAAAGAAUGUUCAGAUAUCUACGACUUUGUCUUUAUUGCUACGAAGUCCUUUCCGGGCUCAAAUUUGGUGGGUAUGAUACGACCUGUCAUUCAUGAUCAUACCGCCAUCGUCCUGGCACAGAAUGGAAUCGCCAUUGAAGAUGAAAUUUCUCAAGCAUAUCCCAACAAUCCUCUUCUCAGUUGUGUCGUUUACUUGCCGGCCACUCAACCCGAACAAGGGGUCAUUCAUUAUGAGGAAAUGUUGAACCUUCUUGAGAUCGGAACUUUUCCUUCUCAUGCUCCACCGUCUCACAAAGCUGUCGCAACGAAACUGGCCGAUUUGGUCAUUGCUGGUGGAGGGGAAGCCCAAGUUCAUGAUGACGUCCAAGUCGCCAGAUGGUCCAAGCUUUUGAUGAAUUGUGCCUGGAAUCCGAUAUCGGCGUUAUCAAUGUCUACCGAUGGUCAUUUUUUGACUUCAUCAUCUCCUUACGCCUAUGAUCUUGUUUGGUCUGUCAUGAUGGAGAUUGUGGCGUUGGCUCAGAAAGUUGGAAUUCCAAUCGAUGACCAAGUUGCAAAGGAAAAACUCUCCAUUGCCCAACGAAGAGCGGCUACGAAUCAAGGAAGAGAGAUCAGUAUGUUACAAGAUGUCAAACAAGGAAGAUUGUUUGAAGUGGAAGCUAUUGUGGGGAACACGGUUCGAUUGGGGAAGCAACAUGGUGUCAACAUGCCUCUGACUGAAGCUCUUUACUGCUUGGCCAAAGCGAGGUUUGAGGCAAUGGCUCGCGAGAGAUAA